AUGGAGGAUGACACUCAGACACUGCCGUGCCUCUCGCCGCCACAUUCGCCAGCUACUCUCUCCAAAGUUUUAACUCUGUCUCCUUCGCUUCCUCAGCAUUCCUGCGCUCUGCCUUCCUCACUCCCUCUUUCACCUACCUCCCUUUCCCCCUCUACCCCAGCUUUUUGUCAGCAGACCGCUCAGUCGCACCCUCACUCCUCCCAGGCUCACUCACUGUCUACGCCUCAGUUCUCAGGAGGUCAAAACUCUCACUGCCUGAGUCCUUCAACCCCUUCUAACGAGGAUGACUUAACCUGCCUCAGCUGGCUGCAUCAGAGGGAUAACUUGCUCCCGUUGCAGCCCCUGCCUAAAAUCACUUCACUGCCCCAGUUAGAGCCACAAGACAACGUCCCUGCCUCAAGUCUCCCUCCGUCCCCCUCCAAACCCCCUUACUCUUUCAGCAGUCUCAUUUUCAUGGCGAUUGAAGAUUCCCCAGAGAAGCAGCUCCCUGUGAGAGGCAUCUACGAGUGGAUUGUGAAUAACUUUCCCUACUACAGAGCAGCCCCUAGUGGUUGGAGGAACUCUGUGAGGCACAAUCUGUCCUUAAGUAAGAGCUUCCGGCGGAUACACCGGGACAAGAGUCAAUCUGUUGGAAAGGGUUCUCUUUGGUGUGUGUGCCCAGAGUACAGACCUGCUCUCUUGGAGGUGCUCAGGAAAACACACUAUUGCCACAGCAGCAGUAGCAACUUGUUGAACAGCCGUAUUUUACUGGAGGCAGCUGAAUGUGGUCAGACAUCUGUAGGUAACACCAUGGAGAUUUCAGACCUUGCUUCCAAUGGCUCAUCCCUGUCCACAAACCAGUUCUGCCCCUUCACUACUGACCACGAGGAGUUGGUUGCCAUAGAGUCUGUGGAACUCAAGGAGGAGACCGAAGAAGAAGCAGAGAAAGACUCAUUGGCAGACAGUGGUUACAUUGAGUUCCAUUAUUACCAAGGUCAAGAGUAUCAUUACCUAGUCCUCCCCGGGGAUACUGAACUUGACCUUGAAACGGUGGAGAUCCUUCAGCUGGAUGCCGAGGCCCAAGAGGCUGCUGGAUCCCUGCUUGAUCUUGCAGGGGGCAGUCACUGA